AAUGAAUUUUCAAUUAAAUCACUCAUUAACCGAAACGAAUAAUGUCGAAACGAAAUCACGUAACAGCAAAGUGAUACACUUGUUUCCAGUACCGGUGGACGGCGAAUGCUUAUCAAAUGACGGCCGGCGUUCUGGCACUUGUUUCAACGCUUACGAAUGCCGUUCGAAGGGUGGUAUAGCAAAAGGCGAAUGUGCAAUGGGUUUCGGGGUCUGUUGUAUAUUUGUAGCUAAUUGCAAUGAAACGAUUACCAAUAAUAUGACGUACCUGACUUCACCAAAUUUUCCCAGUUUUAUGACUGAAAAUUUUACCGAUUGCAGUUUGAGAGUGCGUUUGUUAAACGAUGACAUCAGUCAGUUACGUAUUGAUUUCUAUCAUUUUACCCUGGGUCAACCGAAUCGCCGGAGCGGGGUAUGUGAUGGUGAUGUCUUUCAAGUGUCAGGUGGGCCGAGUGGAACAUUCUCAUUAUGUGGUCAGAAUAGUGGUCAGCACAUUUACUACGAUGUGGGCGGUCGCAUAGCUCCGCGUCAAACACUUUAUGGAACUUUAAGUCCCAUACGUUACGAAGAUAUUUAUCCGAAUCGCACUGCCAGCAAUGAAAGCAUAGUAGUUGACAUUAGCUUAAAGUUCGCUCAGCGAUUUUUACCAACGCGUCUCUGGGAAAUACGUAUAGCGCAAAUCUCCUUCAGCCAAAGGGCCCCACCUGGUUGUUUACAAUAUUUUACCGGAAAUGAAGGCGUUCUUCAGACAUUUAACUUUGCCGAUAACGGACGACAUUUGGCCAAUCAGAACUACAAGAUAUGUAUACGUCAGGAGACGGAUAUGUGCUCAAUAGUCUAUCAGCCUUGCGAUGAGCAAUCAUUUCGUAUUGGCCUUAGUUCGCCAAUAGCUAAUGGGGGCUUAAUUUCAAAUGGCAAUAGUAGUCAAAUGGGCGGAACCGUAUCUCAAACAAUAAGUGACAAUGUUAAUUUUUUAUUAAUGAAUUUUACUACCUUGAGUACAAGUGAAGAAACCAGUGCAACGAGUGCGACAACAACGACAGUUGCACCCACUGCAGUCGUUAACACUGAAAAUACUACUACAGCUACGGGCGGUACAACCGCCGGUUCCUCUAUAGUAAGCAGUACUACUACUACCGAGAUACCCAGUACUCCGUUACGUGAUGACGUUGAAGGAUCGGGUGAUGACGAUGAUGCCGCUACCCGUUUCGGUCCUACCCCCUCGGGCGCCAAUGUAUCACGUCGUCCACGACCAGUAAGCGGAGGCUUUGAUAUCUUGGGUCUUUUACGUACAGCUUUUGAUUUUGAUUGGCGCAAUCGUCAUCGUAGAGUACCGCCUUUUGUACCAUUAAGUAAUUUUCGCCGAAAACGACAAUUUUAUAGUAAUUGCAGAGAUCGUUUGACUAUGCCCUGCAUUAUCGAAGAUUUCAUUGAAAGUGGCUUGGGACCGUUACCCGGCUGUGAACCUGUUCAUUGCGGAGCCCAAUUCUGUUCAUCUGGCAUAUGGCCGUGUCGUAUAGAGUCUACCGUAACACCGUUUUAUGUCGGUAUACACUUUGGCGACGGCGCGGGCAAAGGUAGCGCUGAAGAUAACAUUGGCGCUUGCUUGAGAUUCCAACAAGCUCAGUGCAUGUGA